AUGUUGUACGAGCUUCUGGGAGCUGUCCGUCCAGGCAGCCUGAUGGAAAUCAAAGAAGUCAUCAAAACCGUCGGCAUGCAAGUCCUAACCAACGGCGGUAUCGUCCGAGGCAUCAACAACUGGGAUACAACCUUCCUCCCCAAGAAGACUCGAAAACAUCAAGCGACACAUACCCAGGGUCAUUACUUCCUCAUGCGUUUUGAUUGCGAUCCAGCUACACAGAAGAUUGUGAGGGAUACGUUGGGUGUCGAUCCCCGAAUGAUUAAGUUCUCGGUGGUUAAGAUGGGCAAAGGGAAAUUGGAGGAUAUUAGUCGGGUUAAAGGGGAUGCUGAAUGGUUUCAAUGA